CAGGGCAUGCGCAUGCGUACCGGCGCUGGUUCCGGGACUGCUGAGCCAGAGCGCCCUGUUCUUGUCGGCUCGCCCAGAGCGUUUGUUUUUCCUUUGUAAACGUCAGUAUUCUGUGUUCAAAUGGUAUUUUAGGAGUAAAUAUUAAAGCAUACACAGCCUCGGAUGGAAGAGGUGGAGGAAGGACUACAACACAUCCAAGAGCAGGUGCUAAACAAGAACCUGGUUUUAUUCCCAGUGGCAGCUGGCUCAAUAAAAAGGAUAUAUCGCCCAGCUUUUCUGAAAUCUAGAGGUGGUCGUUGAAAUAUAGAGUAUUUGUGAGGUCAGAGACAAGACGGCCAAGUAGAAGGACUCAAGCUCACCUCCUCUCAUGAAAACACCAAGAUCACAACUAACGGAUGAACAGUUCAACCCAAUAGACGGGAAGCUACCAAGGAAGAUACGCCACACCUAAAGACAAAGAAGAGGCCGCAUUGAGAUGCUUGCUGAAUUACUCUCUUAUGAUGGCGGAGAAGUCGCACAGAGGCCAGGAGAAGAGCAGGAGAGACAUCCUGAGGUCCACCAAGAAGGCCUGGACUCCCCAGGAUGAGCAGCUGCCUCCUGGCUCUGAGGAGGCAAGCCAGAGUCUCACUAUCCCCAUGCUGGAAGAUUCCAAACAAGAAAGUAUUCAGCAAUGGCUGGACUCUGGAUUCUUGGUAUCUGCCAAUGAAAACUUUCAGCCAGUCAUCGACCACUUUGUUUCUUUUCAUGAACAAGGAAUGGUUCAAAUGACUGUGAAAGACUACAUGAGAUCUCUGCAUCAGGUUUCAGAAACUCCCACUCUAUCCAGAGGGACCAGUUUCAACUCUUGCUAUUCUGCUGCAAGUAUACCACAAAGCAUUCCUGAAUGGCUGGAAUUUUGUGAAAAAGAUCCAGUGGAGAUUCUCUUAGAUCUGGGGUUUGGUGCUGACGAGCCAGACAUCUGCACACAAAUCCCAGCCAGAUUCCUGGGUGGUAGCUCAGCAGCCAGAGGAAUCAACAUCCGCGUUUUUCUUGAAGCACAGAAGCAGCGAAUGGACAUUGAGAACCCUAACUUGUACAGCCGUUUCCGACAGCUGGAAAUAUUGGAUCAUGUGGCCAGUGCCUUCUCAUCUUUGCUGAAUGAUGUAAACGUCCUGCAGAACAAAGCUGAAGAGGAAGACGAAGGAAAAAUUGUGCCAGGAACCUCAGUGAGUGAAGCCAAAGGGCAUCAAAGGAGAAUGGCUGAACUUUUUAGGAGAGGUUCAAAGCAGAACAUUAAGAAGGAUUACACCUUGGAAGCAUCGGAGUCAUUGAAGAUGAGAGAUGAAUUUCCCAUCACCUCUGCAAGAGCGGGGGCCUGCAGAGCAGAGUUGCCAGCCAUGACAAACGACCAUGACCCAAGUCAUUUGUCUCCUUCCUCAGAGCAUUGGUCUCUUCAAGCCUGUGAUGACUUGACACCUUGUCAUCCUCCCCAAGCUGUUCUGAGCAAGCAGUGGCCUCGCUCAUCCAUGCCAGCCAAGCAGGCUCCUCUUUCCUGUGUGUCUGAGGCAUCAGUUAAGACCAGAACGCGAAAGGAGAAUUCAUCUCAGACCAACAAGCUCAAGAGUUUGCCUCGUCUGGCGGGCAAAGCACCAGAAUCCUUCGAAAUGGAAGAGGUCCAGAGCUUUGAAGAAGAGGCCAGUAAUCCUCUUGACAUGACUUCAGGAACUGUAGGUGCCAUGGUGAACCGAGCAAACAGCUGCCAGUCUGACAGCAGUGGGUUCCUGGAGGAGCCACCAGAACCACCACCCCUGCAGAUGCCUCCCUUGUCAAGCAGCCAGAGUCCUGGGGAGAGUGGAUAUAGAAAGCCAAGGGAUCAGAGCCACAGCUCAGGGUCUUCCCAGGACUGCCAGCAAGAGUCAGAUGAGUCGGAUUCCAGGAGUAGUAUGGUGAGCACAUCUUUUUCAAGUCAAGACUGGAGUGUUUUGGAAGAAAAAGCCUCAACCUCUGUGGUGGAGAAAGGGUCUCAGUUUGAGGCCAUGGAAGGGCCCCCCGGGCAGCUGUCCCAAGAUCUGGCUCUUGACAAGACCCCCCCUGGGGGAGAACUCCCACGGAAAGACAGCCAGCAGCAGCAGCCCCAAGCUGAGUGUGAGACUGUCGUAGGCACAGACCCCUCCAAAGGUGAUUGUCCUCGGGGUCUUACCGUGGCGCACAUCGCGGAAGUGAAGGAUGACCCUCUGAGGCCUGGGCGAGCUGGGGACGUGGAAGUGUGUGUGCAAACUCACCCCUGCGGGUCUCAGAGACCACCUGGGAUUUCUCCUCCUCAAGACAAGUUCCUUCGUGUUGACUCUGAGGCCCCAAGAGGAGUGGAAAGCAGUCCACUCUGUCCUGGCACUAACCCCUUACUAAUGCACAAAGAUGUCCCACAGCAUGUGCCCAGGCACCUGGAGGUCAUGCCCUCUGCAGUCAGCUGUGUUCACCUAUCGGAAGAGUCCGUUCCCCAUCUGGGUAAAGUGGUUGGAGAUGUUCCCCAGGCAAGGCCAAGGUGUCGUGCUUUGGGUCAAAUACCACUGAGGGCAGAAUCUGAGAUGGGACGCCUUCCUCCAAAUGCUGACUUCAACGCCGUUAGCUCCAAGUCUGUGACCGUCCAAAUGCCCUCCAGUCUGGCCUCGGCUGCUCAGAACGCUGUGGUUUCGGGAAUGGAUUCUAGAGGAGCAACCGUAGAAUGCACUAAGUGUGACCCUGUCACGGCCGCAGAACCAGGACUGGGGACAGAAGCAAGACAGUUCAGCGAUGUUUCUGUUCAGACUUACGCAUGUGAGUCUAGGCUCUGGCAUUGCUGUUCAGCUCCAAGUAAGAAGGCUCAGCCCCUCACCAAGUCUGUCUCUCUAGACACGGGCUUCCCGGGUCUCUACUCAGUGGGCACCUGCCCUGCUGUACCUGCCCACUGUUGUGUCUGCUACCAUCACCAUCUGCACUGCCACCCAGAGAGGCAAAGCCCCAGCUCUGUGUCUUCAGCCUAUAGGCAUUGCUCAUGCUCACACAAGCAUCCGGAAGCCCAGUUCACGAGGCGGUUGGAAGUCCUUCAGGACACGACAGCAAGGGAGCUGUAUUCUUGCACAGUCCAUGAGAUGGAAACAAUGAAGAUGGUUUGCCAGAGUUUCCGGGAGCAUUUAGAAGAAAUCGAGCAGCACCUUAGAGGACAACAGGCGCUCUUUUCCAGGGACAUGUCAGAGGAGGAAAGGGAGGAGGCUGAGCAACUGCAAACAUUACGGGAGGCCUUGCGGCAGGAGGUGGAGGAGCUGGAGUUUCAGUUGGGAGACCGGGCUCAGCAAAUCCGAGAAGGGAUUCUCUUGCAGCUUGAGCUUCUUACAGAAGACCCACCUGAAAGCCAUACAAAUCUGCAUCGACAUAGCUGGACAGAAGAAAAGAAUGGCCAGACUUCAUGGGCGUCUGGGGCUGCCUUUCCUCCCAGUGAUGGCCAGCAGGCUCCUUGCUCAGGAUUUUCCCUAGAUACAAUAGCGGAGGUGGUGGGGAAGGAUUCUCAUCUGAGCCUCCUCAAAUUUGCCUGAGUCCUCCACAGAGGUAAAUCAUUUGUCAAAUUUCCUUCUCUCCACCUACUCCAUCCCCUGGGAUUGCUGAAUAUGUUUAUCUAUAUACAUCAAAUGGAAGCACUUCUUGAGUGGGAGUUCAUACCCUUUAGAAUAGUGGACAGGUAAAUAAAUAUGCACAAGCAGUGAAAUGUCAGGUAAUAAUAAAUGCUUUGAGGUCAUCGAUAAAAUAACGUCACAGUGACUGUAGAGGUUAUGAUGUCCUGUGUCAUCAAGGUAGAACAGUUCGGUCACCAGGGUGCAGACCAGAAUAAGGGAACAAAGCCAACCACAUACAUUUGUGUGAGCAUGUGGAGACACCGGAACCCUCUGACACUGCUAGGAGAAAAGUCAAAUGGUGCAGCCACUCUGAAAAUAACUGUCAGUUGCUCAAAAUGCUGGGCAUAGAGUUACCAUUUGGCCCAGCAGUUUCACUUCUGUCUACCCAAGAAAUGAAAAUGUUACACAAAGACUAGUGCAUGAAUGUUCAUGGAAGUAUCUUCAUAAUAACCAAAAAGUGAAAACAACACAAAUUUCUAUCAGUUGAUGAAUGGAUAGACAAAAGGUGGAAUAUUGGGGCAGCAUGGAUAAACUGCAAAAGCAGCAUACUAAGUGAAAGAAGACAGCUACAAAAGACCGUAUAUUUUAAUGGUCUCGUUUAUAUAAAAUGUCCGGAAUUGUCAAAUCUGUAGGGACAGGAUACAGAUUAGUGGUUGUCCAAAGCUGGAGAAUGAGGCAGGGGAAUGGAAGUGACGGCCAAUGUGAUGAAAACAUUCUGAAACUAGAUUAUGAUGGUGGUUGCACAGUUCUGUAAAUACACUAAAAACCAUUACACUGUUCACUUUAAUCGUUAUCAUAGGUGAAUUAUAUUUCAAGGAAGCGUCGAAAACAAAACGAAAAAAGCCAUGCAAACACCUGAGGCAGUGUUUCCAGAAAGUAAAUAGCAAGUACAGCACCUGAAUGGGGAGUGAAUCUGCCCUGUUCAAGGAACGGAGAAAGGAAGACUGCAGCCGGCUGAGGGAGAAGCAGGGACCAGGUCAGAAGGGUCUCAAGCCACGACAGAUCUGUUGGAAUUUUAAUUUGAAUGUAACGAGAGGCCCUCGAAGGAUUUGAAGUAGAAUUUGGAUAGUGACAGGUUGUAAAUACAUGCUAAUAAGAUUAGUCUGGCCAUCUUGUGGGUAAUUGACUCAGGGGGAGUGAGAGGAAGCAGACCGGCCAGGGUCUAUUGCAGUAGCCUGGGCAGCACUCAAGACGUGUCAUAGAUUCCUUUCUUUUCCUUUCCCAUCCUUUCCCUCCCUCUCCUUCCUCUCCUCCCUUCUCCUCUCCUCUCCUGUUCUCUUCUCUUCUCUCCUUUUUAUCAAACAGACAGCAAGGUCACUUUAUAUUUAGCAAAACAAUUCUCGGGAGUUGUUCCAGAAAAAGACAACUAGCCAAAAUACGUGACCCACUGUUAACCUUUAGCAUCUCAAACAAGACAUCCAUCACUGGUCCCAAGUCUAUUCAUAAGGAAAAGUUUAAACUCUUACCUAAUUAGCCCUUAUAAAGAAAGUAUUAUCCCAAUUAAUAUUAAAAACCUGCCUUUUCACUCCAGAUAGCAUGUCAGAGUAAAACAGGCCACUUAAUUUGUUCAUGACAACUCUUCCCACACCAAUUUCCAAGCUCCCAGCAACCAAACGGUUUUCCUACAUCACAAACAAACUGCAGUCUUCAGUGCUGUAUUUGGAAAAAGAACAAUAGGGCAUCUGUAGAAAAACAGCAUGUGCGUUGGACUUCUCUUCUUGCCUAAAGUGUUAUUUCCAUUGUGCAGGCUCAAGUGGGUGGCAAAGAACAGGCAGGCUUUGUUAGACCGUUACUCACAUAAUGAGAUUUGAGGUCUGCUAUUCAACACAAUUUUCAGUGGGCACUUUCCCCAGGGCUAAAUUGCAGCCUACAAACGUUUGAUUAGUAAAUAUAAUUUUAAAAUAAAAGAAUACAAAACGCCCCUUCUUUUCUCCAGCUUCCAUCCUUUUGAGUUUGUCAGUUUUUUCUCCUAGAUGAGGUUUGCUCAGCAGAAUACUGUGCUCAGCCUCAGAAUAUGUGACUCUUAUCUGGGACUCCUCCAGCCCUCCUCCCGGCCCCUGGCAGGUCCCCAGCUAUCUCUCCACUUGACCCAGUUACUUCUACAUCAGGAGCCAAUCAACCUAGAAAGUAUAAGUAAUUCGACACCAUGUCUUUCGGCUACAGUCACCUACCGCACUCCCACUUCUCCAUAAAAUUGAGCCAGACCCAUGCACUGGGGAUCAUUUCAGAGCCUGUUUAUCAAUUGUAAACCUGCCCCUGCUUCAGUGCAGUUUUCUUCCAGGUUCUUUUCUUUAUACUCCUGUUCAUCUCCCUGCAAAAGUUUUGUUCCUAAUCUCUCUAACUGAUAGCUGUUAUCCUGUUAAACUACACUUUAAGGCAGACAUGCAGGUAACUUUAGAACUGCAGGUCCAAGGUCCAAGGUCCAAGCCUUGUCUAUAAACUGCGAUGAGACUCUCUUACCACCUCUGUGACAAAGUCUCAUUUUUCCUUACUGGUCGCUCGUUGCCUGUGCCAUGGUGAUAGCCUUGCAGGUCCCGUGGUUCUCAGAGGUCCGCUCUCUCCUGUGCAUUCCCCACUCCGCACCACCUCCCUCAUCACUAGACUGGGCACACUGGAAUGUCUGGCUGUCCUCGACAUCAUGCCCAGGUCGUGGGGAGUCAUGGGACGUGUCUCAGGCCCUCUCUCUGCAGAAGUCCACCAUGCUGGCAUUUCUGUCGUGCCCCUUCCAUACAUAGCCAUGGGACAGAUGCAUAAGGUGGUCACCCAGAAGCCCAGAGGGGAAGCAUGCUAUCAAGCCCCUUAGCUCUGAGGGUCCCCUCCCUCUGUCAGGGAAUCCCAGCAAGCUCAUAGGGAUAUAGCAAGCUCAACCCAAGCACACCAGAAGUAGGGCACAAAACCCGCACGAAACUAAGUUACUCCCCCUCUCUUAUCUUUCUUAGCUUCUGCUGUCCCUAACACCACAAGGGCUUUUGUGCUUGUGUGAUAGGACUGUUCCUUUUACCAUAACCUCCAUUCUUUCAUGGUCCAAGGAUUGAUUCUUGAUUUGUGAAAAAACAGUUUUGGAAUUUCCUAAAAAUUCCAAAAAACAGUUUUGGGAUUUUGUUUCUUAAAGCCCUGUUUUUAUGCUUUUUACAUUGAUAGGGACUUUCAAAUGCUCAAAGCUGAGCUCUGACUUCUACGUUCUAAGCAUUCUCAGUUCUCUCACCUCCUGGGGCAAGAAGCCUCGACUCCGGGCCAAAUGUUUAUGUCAAAAAAACCCUGCUUGGCAAGGCUUGGGGGCGGGGGCGGUGGUAAACAUUACCAAGAAGGGAAAUAUACUGUAUGGUCUUCCAAAAAAUUACACAAUUGCAAGCAUGAAUGGCUGCGCCACAGCCUAUUGUAUGUAAGUGCUAAUUUCCCGUGUUGGAGGCAUAGAUAGUUUCUCGUGUUUCCUUCUUAUUAACUACCAAAUAGGUAUCUUUGUACACAGGUAACUUUUGGCAGAUUAAAUUAAUAAAAGUGAGAUUUCAGGGUCAAAAUGUGAACAUUUUUAAACUUUGGGUCCUUACGCCAAACUAUCCCCUUCUCAACAGUAAGGUAAACUCACUAACAAUGACCCUUACUUCACACUCUUCAUAAAUCAUUGUAAUUCUUUUAACUCUACUAAUCUGAUACGUGAGUUUGAUUUGCAUUUGCCUGAAUAUUAGUGAGAUCAAAGAUAUUUACAUAUACUUUUGACUGCCUUUUUUUUUUUUUUCUUCUUUCUUUUUCUUUUUUGGUUUUCAUUGCCUAUUUGUAUUCUUUGUACAUGUUUGGGAGUGCAGAAAUAAGUGAAGAGCACACAAAUGAGAACACUCAGAGGCACUCUUCACCUCAGAGCCUGCUUAUGACAAUGGAGUCAGCUAGCAGCACUUGUGUUUGGCAGUGACUCGUGAAAGCACAAGCGUGGGAAAGCUUUAUAGUGAAAUAAAUCAAAGGCUUCGAGAAUGUCGUGAUUGAAAGUUGUUGGCAUGGGGAAGCUGGAAAUGGACUAACCAGAAGGGAGAUAGUUCAUAUGAUCGGUCUGGGGAGCAUAGCUAACUUUCUCUGGUUGGUCCUGAGUUGGACCUGGGGCAAAAAUUAGGGAAAACGGCAGUAAUUAUCCAUUUAUGGCCAUUUGGGGCUGAUUGCUACAGAGACUGUGGGUCAGGGUUCUUUUUUUCAUAUAUGUCUAGCAGUUGUUGGUUUGUGUUUUCAGUCUCUGGGGAGGAGAAAAUAUCUCUUUCUCUUUGAUAUGUAAGAAUUCUUCAUAGGGUAAGGAGAUUCAAUCUUUGACAUAUGUGGCAGAUGGAUCUUGAGUUAUAAAUUUGUUUAAAUGUGUUUAUGUUAUAUCAGUAUUUUUUUCUUUUUUUUUUUGUUUUUUGUUUCUUUGUUUUUUAGGACUGCA